AUGUGGUGGACCUUGACAGGAAAUUUCGGUAAUAUGCUGCCCAUCGAUUGGUCGAAAUCUUAUGCACGCAAACUACAAAUAAACUGCCUUAAUUUAAAUGACAAAAUAGAUCAAGACUCUGGAGAUGAAUUAGACAUCUCUGAUGACGAAAUGGCCAAAGAUCUGGAUCUUCAUUCUUUAAUCAUAUCCAGUCUUCAGCAAGAACCUAUGUUUACGGCGGAACAGGUUUUGGAAGAGAUAGAAGAAAUAAUGCAA